AUGGAGGAGGAGGAGUUGGCUGUCAAGAAACCAACCAGGGAGCUGCUGAUGCCCUUUUUGGAAGCAGGAGCAGAGGACCAGCUAGAUAAAACAGGCAUGGGUGGCUACCCUCAUUUUUACCAUGAGAAAUUUGAGGUCACAAACCUGAACAUGAAAUCAGGGAUGUCCCUGAAGAUUAAAGGCAAGAUCCACAGCGAUGUUAACCACUUCACCAUUAACCUGGGCCAGCGGGAAGAAACGCUGAACCUGCAUUUUAACCCUCGAUUCAAUGAAUCCACCAUUGUCUGUAACACCCGUGAUGGUGACAGCUGGGGACAAGAGCAACGAGAAAAUCACAUGUGCUUCAGUCCCGGGUCAGAGGUCAAGUUCUCCAUUGCCUUCCAAGACAAAGACUUCAAGGUGACGAUGCCCGACGGACACGUGCUGACCUUCCCCAACAGGCUGGGCCACAACCACCUGCACUACUUAAGCAUGGAGGGGCUUCAGAUCUCCUCCUUCAAGCUGGAGUGA